AUGUCGCCGCUGCCGCCUCGGCCGACGGACGGCCUGCCGCGACUCAUCACCUACUACCAGACGCUCCACGACGACCACGGCAAGCCCAUCUCCAUCCUGCCCCUCAUCACGCAACCCGGCAUCGCCGUCACCCACGUCAUCCUCGCCGCGCUGCACGUCAACGAGGACCCGGACGCGCUGACCCUCAACGACCACAGCCCCGACGACCCGCGCCACCAGACCGCCUGGGCCGAGCUGCGCGUCCUGCAGGCCGCCGGCGUGCGCGUCCUGGCCCUCCUCGGCGGCGCCGCCAAGGGCACCUACGAGCGCCUCGACGUCGGCCCCGACGACUCUCAAGACCCGGCGGCGCUCGCCCGCUUCGAGCGGUACUACGCGCCCGUGCGGGACCUGGUCCGCGCGCGCGGCCUCGACGGCCUGGACCUCGACGUCGAGGAGGACAUGAGCCUCGCGGGGAUCGUGCGGCUGAUUGACCGUCUGCGCGCCGACUUUGGCCCCGACUUUAUCAUCACGCUGGCGCCGGUGGCGGCGAGCCUGCUGGACCCGACGGCGAACCUGAGCGGGUUCGACUACGAGGCGCUCGAGGUGCUGCGCGGGCGGGAGAUUGCGUGGUACAACGCGCAGUUCUACUGGGGCUGGGGCGACUUUUCGUCGCCGGCCAUGUACGAUGUGAUGGUGCGGCGCGGGUGGCGGCCGGAGCGCCUGGUGGUCGGGCUGGUGACGAACCCGGCGAACGGGUCCGGGUUCGUCGCGUGGGAGAGCCUGGAGCAGACGCUGGCGAUGGUGAAGAGGAGGCCGCACGGCUUUGGCGGCAUCAUGGGCUGGGAGUACUUCAAUAGCUUGCCGGGGGAUAGGGACCGGCCGUGGGAGUGGGCUCGCACCAUGACGGCGCUGAUCCGCGCGCACUGCCUGCCGCCGCCGGGGGCGGACGGGCCGAAGGGUGGCGGCGCUGGGGGGCCGGCUCCUGCUUCGGAGGCAGAGGGCAAGGAGGCUCCUGCGGUCGAGGCCGACCCGGAUCCGCCUGGCGGUAAGGAGGCGGGGGUCCCUGGUGCAUUUGAGUACUACACCGACGAUGCGGAGGAGUAA